AUGGCCUGUGAUCUUGAGGCAGCGCGCAUUACCUCGUUGCCCGCGGAUUCAUUCUACAUAUCGGACUUCGUUUCUGAGGAUGAAGAGGCUUGGCUCUUGCAGAAGGUAGCAUCGGCGCCUCGGCCACGUUGGACAAAAUUGUCACAUCGCAGACUCCAGACAUGGCCAUCGCCGCUCACAAAGAGCAAUACCCUGCUCAGAUCUCCAUUACCAACCUGGCUGGUAUCCCCAGUCAUCGAACCGCGGUUACGAAAGCUUGGGAUCUUCAAUGAUGCGCCACACGGUGCACCAAAUCAUGUACUCGUGAACGAGUAUCAUCCCGGUCAGGGAAUUAUGCCGCAUGAGGACGGGGCUGCGUACUAUCCACUGGUAGCAACCGUGAGCCUCGGUGCCCCCAUCGUGCUCGAUGUGUACACGAAAACUCGUCGAGACGAAAGAGAUGACGAGAAAACCAGCAGAGAUACUGAUCACACUAGGAAGCCGCAAUACCGGAUUCUACAAGAGAGACGGAGUCUGCUGAUUACAAGGGCUGAUCUCUACACGGAUUAUCUCCACGGCAUUGCUGAAACGACCAGGGAUGACGACUUGAGUGCAGACACGAUCUGCAACUGGGAUCUUCUGCGCGAGAAGAAGUUGUACCAUGCUGGUUGGUACGAGCGGGAAACGCGGACGAGUCUCACAUACAGAGAUGUCCUAAAAGUCGCAAAGAUGGGAAAUUCCCUCAAGUUCCUCGGUGGACGAUGA